AUGUCGACGAGAAGACCAGUGAAACCAAAGAUAAAACCACCAAAGAAGAUCGACGCCGGGAGAUCUUUCGAGGAUUCCUGGCAGAGGCUUUCGGUGGCUAUCAAGGAAAUCCAAAACCACAAUGCUUCCAAUCUGUCUUUUGAGGAGACCUAUCGCAGUGCCUACACCCUUGUACUCCACAAGAACGGCGAUAAGCUCUACGAUGGUCUGUCCAAGCUCACUGUCUCCUUCCUCAGGUCUCUCACUAGGCGCUACAUGGCACAUGACAUUACCCUCUCUCACACUCUCCACUCGGGCGAAUCCUUCUUGAAGUCCCUUCUUCUCCUUUGGAACGAUCACAUCGCUGCAUUGAGCAAGCUACGCGAUGUGCUUAAGUAUAUGGAUAAAGUUUACACCCCAUCUAACAACGUCGCCAAUACUUGGGAGCUCGGUCUCAAUUUGUUCAGAGAUCACGUCCUUUUCAACUCUGAGACAUGCCCUGAUAUACAACCAUCCCUUUUCAACGCGAUCCACUCUCAAAUACAUCUCGAAAGGGAUGGUUGUGUUAUAAACAGAUCAGUAUUGAAAUCCUGCUGUGAUAUCCUAUUAGGUUUGUCAUUGACUCCUCCAAACACUCCAUCCAGCUAUGUUCCGCCUUCUGACUCACUUUCUUCACUUUACAAUUUGUCACUAGAGCCACAACUUGAAUUGGAGUGUGUCAAGUACUACAACCAAGAAGCCUCCAACUUCCUCGCGUCGAAUGACAUCCCUUCUUAUCUCAGGAGGGUCGAGGAUAGGCUGAUUGAGGAGAGUAAUCGCUGUUCGCACUACUUGAGUCUCCACACAGCUCCCAUUUACCAGCACGUCCUCGAAAAUGAACUCCUGACUAACAAAAUACCUGACAUACUCUCUCAAUUGGUUGAUUUGAUUGAAAAUGAUGCUAUUCAAGACCUCUCAAGACUUCACAACCUUUUUCAUCUCAUACCCACUCACGGUCCACCUGCUCUGCGGAAAGCAAUCAAAGAAGACGUCAUUAGACGCGGCCAGGCGAUCAACUCGGAUGUCUUCUCGCUCAUACACGAACCCAAAAACGACUCGAAGAAGCCUCCAUCCAGUGACGUUUCCACCCUCAAUCUCGCCCUCCAAUGGGUCAAACAGACACUCCAACUCAAGCUAAAGUUUGACAAUCUCUGGCAGAAGGCUUUUAAACACGACGAGGAUGUCCAAACAUAUAUAAAUGAAGGAUUUGAAAACUUUGUCAACAUGAACACCAAAGCUUCAGAAUUCAUCUCCCUUUUCAUCGACGAUAACCUCAAGAAAGGUCUCAAGGGAAAGAGUGAAGAUGAGGCAGACGAGGUGCUCGAUCAGACAAUAGUUUUGUUUAGAUUCCUCGUUGACAAGGAUGUCUUUGAGGUGUUUUAUAAGAGACAUCUUGCACGCAGAUUGAUUCAGGGCAGGUCAGUGUCUGACGAUGCCGAGCGUGGAAUGCUGGCCAAGCUGAAAGUGGAAUGUGGAGUUCAGUUUACGCAAAAGAUGGAGGGAAUGUUCAAUGACAUGCGCACAUCUGCAGACAAUAUGAGAGCGUAUAAAAAUCACUUGAGUAUUAAAGAAAAGCCCUCCGACAAGGCCGAACUGAAUGUAAAUGUUCUCACCGCUUCGUACUGGCCAAUGCCGGCACAGGUAAACACAGCAACUCUGCCUGAUGUAAUGACGAGGAUGCAGCAGCAGUACGAGCGUUUCUACCUCCAGCGCCACAGCGGUAGACGGAUGCUAUGGCAAGUGACGCAGGGGACCGUGGACAUGAAGGUGGAGUACCAAGAGAGGAAAUACGAUGUGAAUGUGUCGACUCUCGGCGCCAUCGUUUUGCUGCUGUUUGAUGAUGUCGAGGAUGGAAAGUGGCUGAAGUACAGUGACAUACUGUCGACGACUAACAUACCCGAGAAUGAACUAAAGCGGAAUCUGCAGACGCUGGCAUGCGGUAAGUAUAAACUGCUAGAGAAGGAUCCUAAAGGGAAGGAGGUACGCGCGUCAGAUAGCUUCCGCGUCAAUCUUAACUUCAGCUCCCCACUGGCCAAGAUCAAGAUAGCGACGAUAGCAAACCGCGUAGAGACGAGCGAAGAGCGAAAAGAAACAGAUGAAAAGGUUGAGGAGGAGCGCAAGCACCAGACUGACGCGUGUGUUGUGAGGAUAAUGAAGUCAAGGAAACAAGCAUCUCAUAACGAGAUAGUAAUUGAAGCUUCAAAGAUGCUAGGCUCGCGGUUCGCCCCCACGCCGCAAGCGAUCAAGAAGCGGAUAGAGGCGUUGAUAGAGCGAGAAUACCUCGAACGUACUGAAAAUCGGAUGAUUUACCGCAAAGGGCAGUUCGGCACAAUUCAGCUAGCCAAAUGCCGACUGAAUGGGUCAUUUUACGCGUUGAAGGUGAUGAAUAAAGGUUUUAGCAGGAGACAUAUUAGUUACAGCAAUCCACACAACGAGCGCAGCGUGCAUCUGCUAGCGUUGACACACAAAAGCAGCCAUUGUAUGCCGAUGAUCUCUGCGUUCCAAACGGAUACGGACCUCUUACUGCAACUCCCACUCGCCAGCAACGGCACUCUCCUCGAGCUGCUCGAAAUGCAAGACGAGAAGACGCUGCCUGCCCAGACCAUACGCAACUACGGCGCUCAGCUUCUCGCCGCCCUACAAUGGCUACAUGAUGACGUGCACUGGCUGCACCGCGACCUCAAGCCGCAAAACAUGCUCAUCGCCUCUGACGAUCACCUUCUCCUUACUGACUUUGGAGCGGCUACCGCGCUCCUCGAUUACGCUGGUGUGCAGCGCGCACGCAAAAUUGACAGCGUCGGCUUGGUGGGUACGCCCGACUAUGUCUCGCCAGAGAUACUUCUCGCAGCGGAAGAAUACCUGGUAGCUGAGCAGGCGAAUGAGAAUGAUAACGUGAAUGAUAACGAGAAGGACAAGGAGAAAGACAGCGAUAAUUCCCCAGGUUUAUACGGCCCAGAGAGCGACUGGUGGAGCUUCGGCGUUGUGCUCUACGAACUCGCAUUCGGAAUUACACCUUUUUUCGCAGAGAGCGUCGGGGAGACGUACAACCGCAUCAAGAUGCAUCAGUAUGCGCUGGGUGAUGACCAAAUUCACUGUCGCUCAGACGACGAUCUCCGCGCAUUGCUCGUGGGCCUAUUCAAACCACAGACGGAACGAUUGGGGUAUAGUGGCACGGAGCAGGUUAAGCACCAUGUCUUUUUCCGUGGCGUCGACUGGAAUGGCGUUGAGCAACGCGCCGUGCCCUCGACAUACUACGAUCACACUCUAAAUGAGCUGGUGGAGGGGAGCGAAAGCGAGGGGAAUAAUACGCCGCCCCAAGACCACCACCAAAAGACUCCUCAGAACGCUUUCGACUUCAGCGCUCUCUUCCAGGCUGCUAACUCUGUCAGUGGGAGUUGGAGUGCGAGUGUGGACGACACGCGCGACAAGAGUUCAAGCAGCCCUUUCACAUUCACGCCAUCUAACGAAUGGAUGGACUUUGAUUAUAUACCAACAGUUGAAAAUUUAUUCCCUCACAGCAGCAGCGACACACACACUAGUAACAAAGCAAAUGCUAACACAUUUGCAAGUAUGGGAGACACCCCCCUACACGCCCCAGAGACACCAUUCAAACUGUCUUUCCACAACAUCCACACAUCAACCAACCCGCGUAGUCGGAAUGUUUCUGAAGAGCAGGCUUUCUUGGAGAUGCAGCAAUGUGUCGGACUCUCAGCGAAAAAGCGACUGGACUGGACAGUCGAUUUGGCGGGCGUGGAGAAUGUGGAGAAGGUAGACAUGGUGGAAGGUAUACCGCGCACUGUGUCGUACAGCAGCGAUCUUUCGUCAGUGGAUGACAACACCCAGGCUGAUGCGGGUGGCUACCGCGAAUCGCCGCUCAAGAGAGUCGAGAGUAGGUCCAGUCUGGGGAGGAUGAACUCGCAAAUUAGUUUGUCUAGGUUGAGUGCGGGCGGUGUAAGUGCUAAUGGUGGUGCUACUACUACCACUACAACAACUACCACCGCCACUACCAAUGCCAGCCCGUUGCUCAGUAAACAGUACAAAUCCUCGCCUAAUAUCCGCUCUACUGGUACACACUCUACACAGAAUACUCUCAACACACUCAAAGACGCUCCCUCUCGCCCAACUCAUACCCUCUCUAGCAGGGCCAGCUCGUCGAGGUUGACCAAAUCAUCGUCCAGGUUCAGCGCGCUGGGCGAUCUGCCGGAGAUGGAGAAGAUCACCCCCUCCAAAAACACUCAAUUGGCGUAUGGACAGUCUCAAGAAGAGGCACGACGCGCUCCUCAAAGACCUCAACCAGACUAG